AUGAAGCCUCGACUGGACCACUUGCGAGUGUUUGAAUCAAUUGGUUAUGCUCAUGUCGACGACGCUAAGCGCACAAAGCUCGAGCCAAAUAGCUUCAAGUGUAUGUUCCUUGGCUAUGGGGACAAUACGAAGGGCUAUCGCGUCUAUGAACUGAAGCUAAAUAAAGUCAAGAUGUCAAGAUCAGUGAAGUUAGACGAACGCGAGGUUAAUGGAAUUUAUAGCACGUCGAUGACAGAAAAGACUGAAGUCAUCAACGUGAUAAAGGACAUCGACGAAGUGGCUCAGCCUGAAAAUGAGAAGGAAUCUUCUGUGGAAGAUGAACCAAUGGAAUCGACAGCGGACCUAUUUGAAGACGUCGAGAUGCAAGAAACGACGAUGAUCCUGACAAUGACGAUCAUUUCUAUCCGCCGUCACCCAAACGACCUCGUAUUGAUAAAGAUAAUCUACUUGCAGAAGCUGUACUAG